GUGCGCUGCGGCCCGUGACUGGCCGAGGGCUGCUGCUGGGCCCACCGAAAACUUGAGGCAGACGACCAUCCAACUGCACGCAUCGCCGACGGCGUCACUUCUCGCAGACCACGACCUCAGCCCGCAAUUCCCAUUCCGCCGGCUCCAGGCGGUGCAGGCGUCACAGUAGCCCAACAUGUCGACAAUGAGACUCGCCCUCAGGGGCCUGCGGGACCUCCAGCUCGGCUCCAAGACCCCGUCCUCCCUCGCCCCAGCAUGCUCAGUCCUCUCGCGUGCCACAACGACGACGCCGCCAGCCCCGUCACUCGGCCUGGCCCGCCGGACCAUCUCGACGACACCCAGCAACAAAGCAGAAGGCCUCAUUUCAUACGAGAGGUCAGAGACCCAAGUGGCACACCCGCACGCCCGGCCCAAGCCCGCGUCGCCCUCGUACUUUGCCCGCUUCACAAACUUCUACGACAGCUACGUCCAGAUCCAGGAGCUCUACCUCAAAUACCGCCACCUCCCCGUGGUCCCUGCCGCCGAUGCGCGCAGGGUCGCCUGGCGCGGCAAGGCCGAGUACCGCCUCGUCAUUGGCGAGCACAUCAAGGGUCGCGACUUCUCCGCCUGCAUGGCCAUCGUCAAGCGCCUCAACCUUAUCCACCCGGACCUCAUGCCCCAGGAGGUGAUUGACGGCCUGCAGCCCUUCACCCGCGACAUCAACUUCCACGAGAAGAUCGAGCGGGAGAUCCCCGUCGACAAGUUUGGCAGGACAAUGGGCGUGGGCAGGCGCAAGACGUCGACCGCGCGGGCGUGGGUCGUCGAGGGCACCGGCGAGGUCCUGAUCAACGGCAAGCCCGUCAACGAGGCCUUUGGCCGCCUCCACGACCGCGAGAGCGCCCUCUGGGCGCUCAAGUCCACAGAGAGGAUGGACAAGUACAACGUCUGGGCGCGCGUGGAGGGUGGUGGCAGCACGGGACAGGCCGAGGCUCUGGCAAUGGCCAUCGCCUAUGCCAUUACUGGCCACGAGCCUGCGCUCAAGACACGGCUGAGGAAAGCUGGAUGCAUUACACGCGAUUACCGUGCCGUCGAGAGAAAGAAGGCUGGUCAUCUCAAGGCCAGAAAGAUGACUCCGUGGCAGCCCAGAUAGACGAGGGCGAACGACAUUUCGUGGUUUUUUGUCGGUCAUAUUGGCACGAUGUUGGCCACUUCGGGACAGGAGGAGGCCGUCUCGUGGCGCUGGCGAGUGUCAUGUCCAAUGUGCCGUAUGGCCAACUGGAGAGAGCAGAAUUUACUGUACAAACCUCCACAAUGUAUACAAUGUACUAGUAUGUUGGUGAGCAUCCUGCAUAUCAGGACCGUAUUUCAGAAUAAAGUAGCGUGAUAUCCUUCA